AUGCCGCUGAUCCCUUCCACUGUGUUUGAGUCUCUCAGCAGAAAUUCCGAGAAUCUUCUCAAAAUGGCAUCGUCUGAUCUUGGUAAUCUUUGUUUUUCUUUUUUAAUUACUUUUUUAGACGUCUAUCCAUCAAAGAAAUUGGAGGCGCUGAACCUCCAGGCCCCCGAAGGGUUUAUCGUGCGUCCAUUGAAAUUAGCUGAUUUUGAGAACGGGUAUGAUUAUCUUCUCCGUGUCUAUUCUCUGUCUUCAGUUAUCUGGAAUUACUCGCUCAACUUACUGAGGUUGGGGAUGUCUCGGUUGAUGAAUUCAAACAUAGAUUCUUGUGUAUGGCUUUUUCUAAUCCCCAAGCUUACUUUAUAACUGUGAUUGAAGAUGAAAAGUGAGUUAACAUUAUUUUCGUUUAUGUUCUGUCUCUAGGACCAAGAAGAUCGUGGCCUCAGUGUCUUUGGUCUUCGAAUGGAAGUUCAUUCACAAAGUUGGGACUCGAGGCCGUAUUGAAGAUGUCGUUGUGGACAAAGAGUACCGCGGCAAAGGAUUCGCCAAGCUUUUGAAUGAAUUGGCGGUCCAGUUGGCCAAAAACGAAGGCGUCUACAAACUUUCCCUUGAAUGCACUGAUGAGUUGAUCCCCUUCUAUGAAAAAUUCGGUUACAAAAAAGACGUCAACUUCCUUGUUCUUCGUUUUUAA